AUGAUGGUGCACGGUGGGACAUAUGAUGUGCUAGACAACGGCACAACCUAUGACCCGGUAGACGAGGAUGAUUGGCAGGAGGUGAUGGAGGUGAAAGCACGACCACCCGCGGGCAAACAGACCAGAGGCAUUAGGCUGUUCCAAUACUCCUUCAACUCCCAAGAGGCCAAAGAGGGUAGGGAGAAGUGGGGCCGGGUGUGUUAUAACUGCAAAUCAGAGGAGCACUACCUCCGCAACUGCGACCAGCCAUACACAAACGCGUGUGCACAAUUCAACAAAGCAUUUGGAGAAGGCACCUCGAAGGAGGUUGAGGAACGUUGGCGCGACGUGUUGGCAACCCUCCAGAAAAACUAUGAGCGUGCUAGGCGAGUACCCAUCCGGAGCGAAAUCCCGGAGGUGCAGCGAGUACCCAACCGGAGCGAAAUCCCGGAGGUGCAGCGAGCACCCAUCCGGAGCGAAAUCCUGGAGGUGCAGCGAGUACCCAUCCGGAGCGAAAUGCCGGAGGUGCAGCGAGUACCCACCCGGAGCGAAAUCCUUGAGGUGCAGCGAGUAUCCGUCCAGAGCGAUAACCAGAAACAGAGCGGGGGGAGUACCAGAGGGGGUGAUGAGCCACGAGGUUCUCCUCGGUACAGACAGUUGGGCGCGUUUCCCUGUGAGGGAGAUUGUGAUGAAAGGGAGGAUGAGACCACUCUUCGAUUGAAAACCUCCCUACCUCCUACCCAAACACCUACGGUUGACCAGGAUGCUGAGCCGGAGAUGGUAGCGUUCAUCGAGUCACCAGACCAUGAUGGCAGCGAGCAUCGUUUGAUUUUUGAUUCCACGAAAGACGUGCAAUACUUAACAGACCAGAGGCUAUGGGCACGGGUGCCGGCGCAUGAACGUGAAGUGAAUUUUGGGUUGGGGCAUGACGCUUGGACGGCCAAGGACAUUGAUAGCUUAGCGGAUGUAUUAGUGGAGCAUGCAGAUCGGUUUUCGGCGCAUAAGACCGAUCUAGGGCAUUGCACCGCCUUGACGUUUCGCAUUGACCUGAAGGCAGGUACGAGACCGGUAAAGCAGCGCCCGUAUCGGCGGAGUCCAGUAAUAAACCGAAAGAUUAAGAUAGAGAUUGAUCGGUUAGUUAGCCGUGGGAUUUUGCGGAAGUCCACCUCAAAUUGGGCGUCGCCGCUUGUAGCUGUGUUAAAGAAGGAUGGUAGCCUGAGGUUGAUAUGCAACUUUAAACGGUUAAAUGAGGCGACAAUCGUUCCCGUUUCCCCCAUGCCCUUAGUCAGCGAUCUCAUAGCGGCGCUGGGAGGGAGCAAGGUCUUCUCGGUCCUCGACCUGAUGAGCGGGUACUUUCAGGCUGCCAUCGACGAGUCGAGCAUCCCCCUGACGGCCGUCUGCACUUCAUUCGGGUUGUUCGAAUGGACCCGGACUCCACAGGGAUGCUCCGGGAGCCCGGCUAACUUCCAGUCGCUGAUGGCUAAGCCCGGUGUCUUCCGUCGGGAGGUACCCGGGUCUAGGCUUCUGAGGUUGCCGAUGACGAUACUGGGGCCUAGGAAUGAGAUCAGGGGGUGGCAGAGUACCAAGCAGGACCAGCUCGACUACUUGCAGCUGACUAAAGACCGACAGGCUAGGGCCUACCAACUAGUGGUGCAGAGUGAUAGGCUAACGAAGGAGAAGCAUCGAGCCAACAAGGAGCAGCUAGAUAACGCUAUCACCAAGCGACCGAAUUUCUCCGCUGGGGAGUGGCAAGCGCCCCCUUUCUACCUGACCUCGGAAGGUGUUGAGAUAGAGCUCGACACGGAGAGGGCACAGCCGUUGCGAGUAGUGGCCCACAGGAUUAGCCGAGGACCGGGUGGAACCUUAGCAGUACAGUUUGAGAUCGUUUGGAAGGGGCAGAGGAAGACCACUUGGGAAACAGAGCAGAACUUGCAGCAGUACGGGGAUGUAAU